AUGUUCUCCCUCGUGACGUCCUUGUCAUGGCCAGUCCUGCUGGGAACCGGCGUUCUGCUCCUGGUAGUGGAACGUGCUGUUGGGUACUGGCGUUCACUGGCGGCAGUCUCCUACCUCCCCGGCCUGCGCUAUCUUUUCACAACGAUGUCCAUCAGCGGAGCCCUGUUUCCUGCCAGCCGAUACACGCCCGGUCCAGGAGGGUACCCCUUCUGGGCCAACCGUCGAACGGUGUACAAAAACAGCAAGGCCGAAAUCGCUUCCCAAGUCGGGUGGCUCGGAGGCGCACCCCUGCUGAUGACCAACUCCCCUCAUGUAAUGAAGCAGAUCCUUGGCAACAAAACCGUAUGGGACAAGGACGAAUUGACCAUUGGCGGUAUUGCGUAUCAAGAAGUUUGGAGCGAAACUGCUAAAACCUACUACGAUUGCCUGAUUUGGGAUAAGGAGAGGAGCUUCAUUAUGCCCGAUGUGCCGGCAAUUACGGGCAAGUUUGCCCUCUAUCUUUUUGCCAAAAGUGGCUUUGGUAUAGAUCUAGCAUGGAAUGAGUCUGUUGGAGAGAAGGUCAACGGCUUGACGAUGCCAGACUGCUUUCAAGUAACAAGCUAA